UGUGGUGAGAAAACGGCGGGUAUAAAGAUCGGAAUGUUGCCCCUGAUGAUCACGAUAUUCCUGUCGCACAAAGAAGAGACGACGAGCCGAACUCCAGAUCUGGCCGACCGAUUGAGUAUCCCGAAUGGAGACGAAGACGGGACAGAGGUCGUCGAGGUGUGGUAGAGGUGGUAGAGCUGGUAGGGCCGCAGAGGGGUCACAUAUUGCGCGCUCACUCAGGGUACCACCACGGGGGUACCACCACGGCACCACCACAGCACCACCCACCUUGUUCUUGGCAGCCGAUACGAUAUCGUCACAUAUUUUCUCGAAAGACACAGAAUUGUUGACUGGUUGACUGGCCGUCGCCUUCAAUCGCGUAAGCGUCUUGACGCUCGUUGGCAACGAUUCUUGCAUCGCGCGAUCCCACGAUACCCGGAGGUUGAAUGCUCGAUGCGACUUACCUAGUCGGCCCUCAUUCCCGGCCUCGAUGGACGAGGCAGCCACUGUGCAAGAGUGCCUGGGGAAACAACACGGGGGUCACCACCAUCGAAUUUGGCAUCAGUCCGGGACUCCAGGUUUGCGGACCCCUUGCUCAUUCCACACGUUUCUUCUUUGUUUCCUCAUGUUUUUUUGGUCCUCCGCACGCUCCGGCAAGUCGACCACGUUAUUGCCGACAAUACCAUUGCUAUCAGCUGACCCAACGGAUAUAGCAAAGCCCAAGGCUGAUCACGGCCAGAUCAUAAUAGCAAAGAGAUCCAUGAAUGGACGAAGAGAGGAUGAUAUUCAAUGCCUAUCCACCACCAGCACACCACAUUGCGGACACCACCGCAGGCUGCGCAGCUCAGCGACAUAUCGGCUGCAGCACUGUUUUGUAAGCGGAAUACCCAACUCCCUGCAUCAAACGGACCUGGUUAGCGCGACUUGGACCAAUGCCAUUGCCAUGGGGAGCGCUGAUGAGCCCGGCCAAUCACACCAAUCCGGCUCGCAUGCCCCCAUCAGAAUAUAUGGACUCUUGAAUAGGGAUCGAUUGAUUCCGAAAUAAUGAGAUUAUUGCACAUUAUUACCAGUUGCUGAAAUUACCGCUAAAACGAGGGACC